UGACAUUGGCUCUUUUAAUUCAGUAAACUGCACUUUUAAAUCCUCCACUUAGGAGAUCGAGAGGCUUACUGAGCGACUGGAAGAGAAAGAGAGGGAGAUGCAGCAGCUGCUGAGCCAGCCGCAGCACGAGCGAGAGAAGGAGCUCGUCCUGCUGCGGAGGAGCCUGGCGGAGGGGGAGCGGGCCCGGGCCGCCGGUGACGUUCUGUGCCGCUCCUUGGCCAGCGAGACCCAUCAGCUGCGGAGGACGCUGACCGCCACCGCUCACAUGUGUCAGCAUCUGGCCAAGUGUCUGGAUGAGCGACAGCAGGCACAGAGGAGCAUGGGGGAGAGGAGUCCUGGCAAGUCAGAACAUACAGGCGGGCCCGCCUCUGUCCAGAGUGUUAUUGAAAAGUUGCAGGAAGAAAACCGACUGCUAAAACAGAAGGUGACUCACGUUGAAGACCUCAAUGCCAAGUGGCAGCGCUAUGACGCCAGCAGAGACGAAUAUGUGAGGGGGCUCCAUGCCCAGCUCAGGGGGCUGCAGAUCCCCCAAGAGCCCGAGCUGAUGAGGAAGGAGAUCUCCCGGCUCAACAGGCAGUUGGAAGAGAGAAUGAACAGCUGUGCAGAAGUGAAGCAGGAGCUGGCGGCCUCGAGGAUGGCCCGGGACGCUGCGCUGGAGCGGGUGCAGAUGCUGGAGCAGCAGAUUCUCGCUUACAAGGACGACUUCAUGUCGGAAAGGGCCGAUCGGGAACGGGCUCAAAGUCGGAUUCAGGAACUGGAGGAAAAAGUCACCUCUUUGCUGCGCCAGGUGUCCUGGAGACAGGAUUCUCAAGAGCUGGACGCCUGCCGGACUCACACUGGGAGCAAAACUGCCAAAUACUUGGCCACCGAUGCAUUGGCGCUUAUGGUGCCACGUGGCUCGAGGCCUGGGACUGGGUCCCAACAGUUGGAACCCCCUGCAGAGGACGGGCAUCCUGGCGCAGCUCAGAAAGGCCAGGGGGACCUUCAGUGCCCUCACUGCCUUCAGUGCUUCAGCGACGAGCAAGGUGAAGAGCUCCUCAGGCAUGUGGCCGAGUGCUGCCAGUGACCGAGAUUCCACCCAUGCAUGCCCUUGCCACUCCCUGGCCCAGCGCAGCUGCCCUCAGGGAUAGGGUGGGUGCUCUCAACUCCAUGGAUUAAGUUCUACUGAGAUCCAAGGCUCGUAAAAUAGGUGUGGGGCACUGUGAUCAUUUGGUACCCCUUUGGCUAUGGAACAGGCUGGGUCACAGGGAACUGCCAGUGAGGCUAGAGGCUGGAGGUGGAGAUGGGGUCAGAAACAUCUGGCAGAGGGAGGUCCCAGUCUUGUGUCUCCAUCAGGCUGAAGCCAGCGAUCUGAUGCUGGCAUGCCAGCCCUCCCCUGCCUGCACCUGGGAAUGCCGCAGCUUGCCAGAAAGGGGUGGCUGCCUGUGGGAGCCACUCAUACGGUCCCCUGGGUGGAAGCCCAUCCUCUUCUACGGGAUAAGGUGUCUCCUCUCUGCCUGGAACCGGGAGGUUUGCCACAUGGAGUAUUGCGGCUGUGCGUCACACUAGGGCCACCCGCCAUCACAGAGCCACAUGUCUACACUGCAAAACAGCAUCGAAUAGCAUGUGUCGCAUAUCCAGAACUUAAAGCACACUUAUUUUGUUCUGCCUAUUUUUAUAAUAAAUGUUCUUGCCACUGUGACUGC